AAUAAUUCUCCUGUCGGGUGCCAGGAGUAAUGAUGACGACUCAAAUGAUGGGAAAAGUAGAGGAUGCAAAAUCGUAUAUGAUAAAUUCGAAAUCAUCUCGUGUCGAAAUGUACGUGGCGGGAAAAAGAUUUGAAAUUCCUAAAGAAAAACUUGCAAAUUAUCCAGGAACAUUACUCGGGAAAAUGUUACCCAAACUUUGCAAGGAAAAAGGAGGGGAUAUUUCAUUUAAUCGUCCCGUAGAGAUAUUUAAAGCGAUACACACUUAUUACCUUACGGACAAGUUACACAUGCCUCUAAAUGUGUGCCCAGGACAGUUUGCCGAGGAGCUGGAGUUUUGGGGAGUCGGGUCUGAGCUGCUAGAACCGUGUUGUUUGUACAGGUUCUUAUCCUUUCGCCAACAAGAAGAAACCUCCAAACGGUUCAGAAAAAAUAUUCCUACCGACAACCUGGUUACAUCCGGGGGUUAUUCUUGUAGACAACGGCUGUGGUGUAUUAUAGACAACAGAGAGUCUUCGGUUCCAGCCAAGAUCUAUCUUGGCUUUAUUCUCACUUUUGUUCUUCUGUCACUGGCGUCACUUUCACUGAGCACGGUUCAAAGCCUUCAGCGGAAAAUGACGAUUUGUGAAGCACGUGACUUGUUGUUUAACGACAAUGAUUAUGACGACGAAGUUAAAGAGUAUUUCGACAAUAACGUCGACUGCAGUAAGGACGCGGAUAUAGCGAUGAUGUCGUUUCUGGGUGAAUAUGCACGCUAUUCCGAUGCCGACUUUGAUGAGAAGAUGGACAAAAUCAACCGAACUAAUCCUCACGAAGUGAGAUACUUUGCAGCACUAAAGUUAAAGAAAAAACUAAAGCAGGUCAAGAUUCCAGACAAACUCACUCGUCUCCAAGUAUUUGAUCGGAUUGACCUUAUUGUACAUGCUGUUUUUACCGUAGACCUCAUAUUACGCCUAUUGGCUUGUCCGAGCAUAAUUAUGUACUAUAAGUCAUUACUAAACAUCUCCGACUCGAUUGUCCUUAUUUGUGGAAUCGUUGGCUUCGUCUUGGAAAAAAACUUGAUUAACUUCACCUAUGAGACAGGGGAUCUAGACAUCCUAAUCUAUUUUCAACAGCUUCGUGUGUUUCGUCUGCUUCGGAUCUUUCAACAUGUUGCCGCCAUUAAAGUUUUGGCUUUUUGCUUCAAGGAAAAUUUCAAAGAAAUUCUCGUUCUCUUGUUAUUUUUGUUUGUCGGAGUGAACUUUUUUGCCAAUUUUCUUUACUUUGUGGAAACGGACACUAUGAAGAGUAUUCCCACAGCUUGGUGGUGGGGGCUGAUCACCAUGACAACGGUUGGCUAUGGUGAUAUCUAUCCGACAAGCGCUUUAGGUCGCAUCAUAGGGGCGUGUUGCGCAAUAAGUGGAGUAAUAGUUCUGGCCCUUGUUAUUCCAAUUUUUGUAAACAAUUUUCUUGCUUUGUAUGAACUAGCUCAUUUGUUGGGAAAAGAGAAAACUGGGAAAUUAAAACCAAUAACCCUGCAAGCGCUGCCUACAAAGCACCAGGACAAGGGGAUCUAACCUUAAUACGGAUUUUUUUUUUAUUUUAAAAAAUCCUGUAAACUUUAAGAAAGAAAACGUAAACUUUGACAAACGUGUUUCAUCAGCAGGUUUUGUAUCUCGGAAUUAAAACCAAAUAUAACCUUUUUAUUCGAAAUUGAAACAGACUUCAACACAAAACUUUGUUCUUUGUGGAUUGAUGAACUUGAUGACAUUGGCCCGCAUCGACUACAUGAGCAACAAUUUCUUUCGACGAUGACAAAGCAAGGAUACUACUCUUUCCUGGACCAUAUACAUGUACUAGAAGCUACAAGACUGAUAUUUUAACAAAGAGUUGCUCCCCAAAAGAAAUCAUUUUUUUCAUAUUGAUAUAGUUAUCUGUUAUACAUUUAAUCAGUUGUACUGAAACCAUUUUUAAAACGACUGCAUAUGUAUUAGAGGGCUAAAUUUACUGAUUCAUUUCCAGUUAUGACUAAAAAAUUAAUAAAA